UCAAGGCAUGGCUGAUGUAGCCAGUGACAGUUCUGAGCAGCCUGUACACCAUAGCCAUCUCUAACAUGAAGAUCAUCAGCAGUCUCCUUCUUCUCUGCACAGUGGCCCAUUUCUGCAGCAGCUCAGAAGCUGCAAGUCUGCCUUUAAAAACAUCACAGGUGGACUGCAGCAUGUACAAGAAAUACCCAGUAGUGGCCAUCCCUUGUCCCAUCACCUAUCUGCCUGUUUGUGGUUCUGAUUAUAUCACCUAUGGAAAUGAAUGUCAUUUAUGUGCUGAGAACUUGAAAAGUGAAGGAAAGAUUCAGUUUCUUCAUGAAGGAAAAUGUUAAUGUCUCCGUCACUGUGGGUAUGGGGUGAUGACAUCAUCUUUGGUCUCUGGGUUAUCUUCUGGUUCUGAUUGUCUUCUCCAUCAAGUUUGUAAAGGGUCUGGAAGGCUUUUGAGCCAGAUUCUGAGUUCCCUUUCACUGAGUGAAGAAAGUCGUCUUGUUGACCCCUCAAACCUGUGCCUUACCAACAGGCUUCUUUUUGAUUAGAUUUUUUUUUUUUUUUAACCAGUGCACUGCUCAGCUCUGGCUUAUGGUGUUGCAGGGGAUUGAACCUGGGACCUUCCUUCCCAAGAGUCUGUUUGCAGAACCAGUAUGCUAUCUUCCCCUACUUCUUUUUGUAUCUCAGUAAAAAUAAAUAAAUUAAUUAAAUCCUUCACAGACAAUC